AGUUGGUCUCUAAGGUGCUGCUGGAAGGAAUUUUUUAAUUUUGUUUCGACUACGUCAGACCAACACGGCUACCUACCUGUAACUAGUAAGCUGAGAGUUAGUGGGAAGGGUCCUGGAGAAUUCAGUUUCCAAAGUGAAUAAUUACAUGGAGGCUUCUGUUAGUAAAUGCAAGGAGACCUAGUGAGUGCCAGAGGCUUUGAAACAUUACAUUGCAGUAAAGGUGGGACCUGUUUAUGGGAGGGAUUUCAAACUCUGUUUCCACUAUACAGUUGAAAGGUGACCAAGCAAUUACCCUUUUAGGCCUGGUAGGUUUAUAUUAAGAUCAGGUGACUGCUUAUUAUUUUAUAGUGGUUUACUCUUGUUAGAUAUACAAGGGAGUUUAUGACUUCUAUAUAGAAUAAGUGCACCAUGGUGUCAUCUGAUAGCAAAGGCGGGAAUGAAGGCUUGCUUUCCCCAGCUCUACAGGGGUCAGGGACCAUCUAUCCUUUCUAGAGACCAUCUAUCAUUUUCAGCCUCUGAAGAGGAACAGCAGCACAAGGAUUAGGAAAGAAACACAAAGUUAUCAAACUAAUACUUACCUAAACUAGAAUUUUACCAUAUUGCCCAGAUACUAGAGUUUGGAAUGCAAAGUCAGGAAAGAUUCCAGCUAAGCUGUUUUUAAACUUAAAUGUGCAAGAGUAUUGUCAUAAUGUACACAAAAAAGACGUGGGGCUGGUAGUCUAGCACACAUAGUCAUAGAACUGUCAAGUGGGAAGGGACCACAUAGGUCACCUAGUCCAACUCCCUGCAAUGCAGGAUUCUUUAGACCCAUAAGAAUAUUGUGUAAAAGCUUUGUGCUGCAAAUGCCAACACAUGCUGCUUCAGGCAGCUUUGAGCCAUAAGAGACAAACCAAGGUGGUGGCUGACAUCAUCUUGUAUGAUGCAUUUCACAAGGCUUUGUAGUGGUCUCACACAUCUCUCCAAAGCAGAACCCCCAGAUAGUAGAGAACUUCAGUUGAAUGACUGCUUGGCUCCAUGCAAGCAACACAUGAAGUUCCAUUUUUCAUCGCACUUUAAGUAGGCAAGUUGAAGGCAAGGCAUGGAAUAUUGGCUUUUUUCGUCCUAGAUAUGUCAGGAAACAUUUUCCCCUCACAUCCAUUAUUUUUGAAAUUCUUUAUUCCUCUUGGGGGGCAAUGAAGUCAGCAUAUGAUCAGAGGUACUCAGCCCUAGGGUCAAUAAUGUUUAUUUACAAAAGAUGGCAUAGCUCAUAAGUGCCUACUGAGUAUUGCUUUUGCUGUGGGAAGGAGGGAGCUCCAUGUGAUCUGGCUUAGGGUGGUGUAAAAUGUCUGGGAGGAACUGGAUUGUUUUGGAAAGCAAUACUUUCUGCAAUUGGCAAAAUUCUCCCAGUUCUUCAAUUGUUCUAAAAGUAAAGCUUUAAUUAUUUGACAAUAAUUGAUAGCCAGUGGCUAAUCUAUUUAAUAUUUAUUCAUUUACUAAAGAAUAUUAUCUACAGCUACCAUUUGGUACUUGACAUAAGAAGCAUUUGGUUGCUCACCAUACAUAAUAUCUUGAUUCACAACAUACUGUCAUUGCAGUUUUGUGUCAUCAACUGCUACACAUGACUUGCUUUACCUCUGGAACAGUAUUUAUGUGAUUGGAUUUAGGGGACUAUGAUGUGGUUUCUUGUCAUAUGAUUGCACUCUCGCUCUUUUUUUUUUAACAUCUGCUUUCAAUAAUAAUUAGAAAAAGUACUUCUUAUUCAGCUGGCUGGAGAGCAGGCAACAAAGGGUUAACACCAACAGAAAGCAGGGGUAGCAAAACUGACUGCUCAUCUGGAGGAGAGAACCUUCUCAGUUUCAGGUCUCUGGUUCUGCUUUUGAAAAGAGAGAAGGGUCUUUUUGCUAUUCCCAAGUUAUAACUGGGAGCACAGCCAAUGCCUUUCCCCUCCCCUCAAAGCAGCAGUAUUUCCCUUCUCUCCUUCACCCUAGUGCCCCUCCCAAAUCACACAGAAUAGGCUUCCCCUGCUGGAUGUCUCUGAACACAAGAGGUAGUUUUUGGGGACCCAGAUUCUUUCUAUUCUUCAUUUGCCUCUAGUUAAUGGGAAAGAAAUUCUCCAACAAUUUUUCAUUUGGUGGAACAACCAAUCAGUGGCUAUGGACAUUGUGACUAUCUCUGCCAAUCACUUAGAUUCUUCCAGUUCUGAGACCAGCUCCUCUUUUUGGCUCACAUUCCUGUUCAAAAUCCAUGGGAUGUGGAAGGAGCAGGUGCAGAUGGUGACCUACUCAUGAGCAUUGCCACAAGUCAGUCCCCAAUUGGGACCCCAAGUUGGUGUGAUCUAGCUGGAACAGAGAUGCUCCCAUUGUUUCCCCUGGCCCUGUUAGACCCCAGUUCUAACAUGUUGCCCCAGGGCAUUCUCUCACAGUCUCUUAAGGCUCUAGGAACUGGUGUGUUUUGGGUUUCCUUUGGGUGGAUGAAUAAUCCCCUUCCAGCUUUCCCUCUUACUCUAGACCUGAUGAUACCCUUCCUGUAUGAGUCAGCUUCUUUUAAGAAAGAGGGUGGUGGAUGAGUUACCCCUUUGCUCUCUACUUACUUGCCUGUUAAACAGAAGGGGGCCUUGAAUUUCAUUUGCGUUGGCCCAUAAAUUGGACAUAGCCUUGACUGUAUUUUUAGAACACUGAAAUGGAGAACAGUCUUCAGAUUCAGCUAGAAGAGAAUAGCUGUAGUGAGGUGAGGAGUUAUGCUUAUUUCAACCUUAGUUUUACUUUCCUCUUAAGCAGGGUUCCCCAAACUAAGGCCCCCUGCAACUCCCACCGGCCACUGCCGCCACUCGCUCUCACUGGCGCGGCGCGACAGCCCACUUCCUGGUCGGAAAGGCGCCAGAAAUAGCUUUUGCGCAUGCACAAGCGCAAGCGUCAUUUCCGGUGCACUUCCGGGCUGGAGGAGGUUAGUAUUUAGUUAGGAUUUCAAACUCUGUUUCCACUAUACAGUUGAAAGGUGACCAAGCAUUACCCUUUUAGGCCUGGUAGGUUUAUAUUAAGAUCCAGUGACUAUUAUUUUAUAGUGGUUUAAUCUUGUCAGAUAUACAAGCGAGUUUAUGACUUCUAUAUAGAAUAAGUGCAUCAUGGUGUCAUCUGAGAGCAAAGGCAGGAAUGAAGGCUUUCUUUCCCCAGCUCUACAGGGGUCAGGGGGCCUUUCUAGAGACUAUCUAUUCCAGGCAUCCCCAAACUGCGGCCCUCCAGAUGUUUUGGCCUACUAGCUAACAGGACCAGUGGUCAGGGAUGAUGGGAAUUGUAGCCCAAAACAUCUGGAGGGCCGAAGUUUGGGGAUGCCUGAUCUAUCCUUUUCAGUCUCUGAAGGGAACAGCAGCACAAGGAUUAGGAAGGAAACACAAAGUUAUCAAACUAAUAUUUAUCUAAACUAGAAUUUUACCAUAUUACCUAGAUACUACAGUUUGGAAUGCCAAGUCAGGAAAGAUUCCAGCUAAGCUGUUUUUGAACUUAAAUGUCCAAGAGUAUUGUCAUAGUGUACACAAAAAAGUGAGCCCAGAAUACACAUGCCUAAAGAUGGAUUCCAACUUACAUCUUCUGGAUACCAAGCAUGGCUAAAGCAGUGCUCUAUGCCCCGGUCUCUGUGGCUGGGUUGCUCCAACCUGGCGGACAGCAUGCCCUCGCUGCGAUGCCUCUAUAACCCAGGGACUGGCGCACUCACAGCUUUCCAGAAUUCAUCUGAAAGAGAAGACUGUAACAAUGAUGAGCCCCCCAGGAAGAUCAUUCCCGAGAAGAAUGCACUCAGGCAGACCUAUAAUAGCUGUGCCAGGCUCUGCAUCAACCAGGAAGCAGUUUGCUUAGGGAGCACUGCUAUGAAGACUGAAAACUGUGUGGCCAAAACAAAACUUGCCAAUGGCACUUCAAGCAUGAUUGUGCCAAAGCAAAGGAAGCUAUCUGCAAGCUAUGAAAAGGAGAAGGAGCUCUGUAUCAAGUAUUUUGAGCAGUGGUCGGAGUCUGACCAAGUGGAAUUUGUGGAACAUCUCAUCUCCCAGAUGUGUCAUUAUCAGCACGGGCACAUCAACUCAUACCUCAAACCUAUGUUACAGAGAGACUUCAUCACGGCACUACCAGCUCGCGGCCUGGAUCACAUCGCUGAGAAUAUCCUGUCAUACCUUGAUGCCAAGUCUUUGUGUGCUGUUGAGCUGGUGUGCAAGGAAUGGUACCGAGUGACAUCUGACGGCAUGCUGUGGAAGAAGCUGAUUGAGAGAAUGGUCCGGACAGACUCGCUGUGGAGGGGUUUGGCAGAGCGGAGAGGAUGGGGACAGUAUCUUUUUAAGAACAAGCUGCCCGAUGGGAUAGCCCCUCCCAACUCCUUCUACAGAGCACUUUAUCCCAAAAUUAUACAGGAUAUAGAGACAAUAGAAUCAAACUGGCGGUGUGGAAGGCACAGCUUACAGCGAAUCCACUGCCGAAGUGAAACAAGCAAAGGGGUUUAUUGUUUACAAUAUGAUGAUCAGAAGAUAGUAAGUGGCCUCCGAGACAAUACCAUCAAGAUUUGGGACAAGAAUACGCUAGAAUGCAAGAGGGUUCUGACUGGACACACGGGGUCAGUCCUUUGCCUCCAGUACGAUGAGCGGGUGAUCAUCACUGGAUCAUCGGAUUCCACUGUCAGAGUGUGGGAUGUAAAUACGGGUGAGAUGCUGAACACCCUGAUCCAUCAUUGUGAAGCAGUGCUGCACCUACGUUUUAAUAAUGGCAUGAUGGUGACAUGCUCCAAAGAUCGGUCCAUUGCCGUGUGGGACAUGGCCUCCCCGACAGACAUCACACUACGGAGGGUGCUGGUUGGACACAGGGCAGCUGUCAAUGUGGUAGACUUCGAUGACAAAUACAUUGUAUCAGCAUCGGGGGACAGAACUAUUAAGGUCUGGAACACAAGUACCUGUGAGUUUGUGCGUACCUUGAACGGCCACAAGCGCGGUAUUGCAUGUCUACAGUACAGAGACAGACUAGUAGUGAGUGGUUCAUCAGAUAAUACAAUCAGGUUAUGGGACAUUGAAUGUGGGGCAUGUUUGCGGGUUCUGGAAGGCCACGAAGAGCUGGUGAGAUGUAUUCGUUUUGAUACCAAGAGGAUAGUCAGCGGAGCCUAUGAUGGGAAAAUUAAGGUGUGGGAUCUGGUAGCUGCCCUGGACCCUCGUGCCCCUGCUGGAACCCUCUGCCUGCGCACUCUUGUGGAGCACUCCGGCAGAGUUUUCCGGCUCCAGUUUGACGAAUUUCAAAUAGUUAGCAGCUCACAUGAUGACACCAUCCUCAUCUGGGACUUCCUGAAUGAUCCAGCUACCCAAGCAGAAUCUAACCGCUCCCCUUCCAGAACAUACACUUACAUCUCCAGAUAAAUAGCACUACACUGUACCUCACACUUGCACAGGACUCAUUUAAGCUGCGAUAUUUAAAUUACCUGCCAAUGCCAGGGCAAAAGAAUUAUCCACAUAACAGAUAUAACUGAAGAGAGAGGCUCUCAGACACACUUCUGGAACCAAGUCAGCAUGUGGUUGAUCUCAGACAAGGUCUUCUCAGCGCAGCUGACUGCUCAAGUGCUGCUAUAUCAGAAGAUUCCUUUUAUCUUUCCUGAAUGACUGAUGUGUUACACCUCCCCUCUUCACACUCCCAUUUCCUCUCUUGUCCUGAGUGCAGAUGUCCUAUAAAUAUAUUUAACAUGUUGCCAGAAUUUCUUGCUUCGCUCUUAAGGAGAAAAAUCCUUGCCACCAUUUGUUCCCAUGGGAGAAUCACCUUGUGAUGUGUUGGUAGGUGGGGAACAGCAGGCUGAUGCCUCUACCUUUAGGGACUUGUAAUAAGGACGCAUCUACUUUUUGUAGAUGGGCCUUGGACUUUAAAGGACGGCCAACUUGAUGCCAAAUGAAGGCCCCGGUGGCCAGAAACCAGUCAGGAGAUAAUGAUGAAGUCUAAAUAAUUUCAGCUAAGCCCUCUGCAGUUAGUCACUUGUCUGAAAAGUUGAUCCGGCGGAUACCAGUAAAUGAAAGGUGAAGCUUUCUUCUGCCAAAGUCUAAUAUUACUUAAGAGGUGAGACUUACUGGUGACAUCAUUGGUGAUGGGCAGUAUUUCUCCUAUCAAAGUAUAUGAAUAUAUUUCCAUGUUCUUCUUCCUUCCCUCCUCACAUGGUGCAGUAUUGCACCUCUGCUCCCCCCCCCCCCCGAAGAAGAGUAUGGUAUCAAAUGAAGCAACCAUCCUACUCCCUCAGCAUUAAGUGAAAAGCCUAGGACUUCAGACUUUUCCUGUUAACCUGAUUGUGUCAUUAUUCAUUGGCUGGCAUUUUGUGCUUUGUUGCCAUACUCUGUUGGAAGGGAACUCGUGAAAGAGUGGGAGAUUCUGGUGACUCCACAUCUUAGUCUGUAAGCUGAAAGGUCAUUUUGUGAUGGAAGAGAUAAUAGUAGGAGAGAGCAGUGGAGGGGUCUUAACUAGGGGCAGAAAAGACCAAAAGCAAACCUGUCCCAUGGUACUACAUAACUCCUACGCCACCUUAGGAAACACUUAGAAUUACCCCCACCCCCCAAUCAUUGUGUGGGAAUAGCAUAAUGCUUGUCUCCUACAAGGAAGGGUUAACUUCUUUGGCCAAGAUUUAAAUUUGGAAGUUAGGGGGAAAGAGCUUCACUUUUAUGCUGCUAAGCAGGUCCCCUCUGUGGCCUGUCUCCUCUUCAUUCACUUGGGAGUAGCAAUUUCCCCACAGUGAAGUUUGAUAUUUGCCAUGGCAGGCUCAGAAAGUCAGUGGAAACUAAGAAUAAACGGGCAGCUGGUUCUGUCCUGUAGUUCUCUACUCUGGUUCAAAAGUGAUAGUUUUGUGCAAGUGUUCCUCCUUACCCAUGGACUCUCAGCCUGUGUAUCAUCCAGGGCUGCAUUAGCACCAAAGGCAUAGUCAGAGGUAUUUGUUCUCUUGGGGUGGGGAUAAACAUGCUGAUCUUAGUCUGCUUUUCUUUUUAAGUGUUUCUUUGAGCAAAGGCAAAGGAAGUCAGAGCUGCAGCUAGAAGGCUUUCCUUAACUGUGCUAUCCUUCAGAGGAUGAAAAAGGUUGCCUUGCACACUGAAUUGCAAAGCAAGAUGGAAAACGAGAAGCAGAUUGCCGCAUACUAGUUCUUCAUUAUGUUUGAAAGUUCACUGUCACCCCAGCCCUGUUUCAUCACUAUUACUCGGAUUCCAUUUAUACUUUGUAGUACAGUAUUGACAAUGUGUGGAACAGGACUGUAGAUCCACUACAGCUGGAGCAUCAACAGGUUAUUUUCUCUUGCUCGCUGGCAGAGCUGUGAGAUCAGUAUUUUCUCCCGUCUGUGUGUGUGUGUGUGUGUGUGUGUGUGUGUGUGUGUGUGUGUAGGGAAGUGUCUUUGGCAGUGGCUCUGUCAAGCAAAUAGGGGGGUUGUUUCUGUUAUGUGGAGUUGGAGAUCAGAUCAGAGACAAUGUCAUUUCUGGUGCAGCCUUUCCUUAUUGUCAUAACCCUUCUCUUCCCUGCUGUUGUUCCCAAACACACCUAACUGCUUUGGGGCAGUACAAACAUGGUACUGGAGAAUUAAUUCUAAUUUAUAAAACCUGUCACCAAGGGAAAAGAAGUGAGGUUUUCAUGUUAAGUCAUUUCAGGGAAGAAGCUGAAACGGUGCUUUUCCAAGAGAAUGAGGACCCACUAUGCCUUGGCAUGGAGAAAGGCCACUGCAAAAAGCAAGAUCUCCUCCCUCCAACUUCUACCCCACUCAAGUUGCAUGAAGUUUACAGCCUACUGCAUCUCCAACCAUUUGGGGAAGGCUUUGGUCUUCACUGGAAGAGAAAGGCUCUAAAAAGCAUCUCCGUACAUGGACAUUUCAAGGGUUAAUUUGAUAUGGGUAAUUCCAAAUGGAUCUGAUGCGAAAGCUGAAAAGGGAAUUUUAAUUAUGUUUCUGAAGAGGGGCUGAGCCCUAAUAUCUUUCUUUGCAAUGAAAUGCUAACUUGGAAUUGCUAAUCACAAAUAGCCUUGCCUUUCACUGGUGUGGAGCAGAGAGCUCCACAGGCAGGUAUUUACAGAAGGAAAAGCAGCGCACAACUGGCUCUGAGCCACAGGAGAGAACCUUGCUGUAAAACUGCAUUUCUAACCCUAGAGCAAUUGAGUAGUUUAAAUAACAUAAGCUCAGCCUGGGCACCCAGCUGAAUACGUAGCAUAGAAACCCCCCUGCAGCAACGCUAAGCCACUUUCAUCAUUCCUGAUUAGGCUUCUGAACAAGUUGGACCUUCUGAUGACUAUUUUAAGACUUUACGCUUGCUUCUGAAAUUAGAAGAUGGGAGGGAGACCCUGCUGCCGCCAGCAAAAAACAAAUUAUUUUGACUUCAUAAAAGAAAAGGAGAGUGGUACAUAUGUGUGUUCCGCUUCUCUGGCUUCAUAUAUGAAUCUGCCAAUUUGAACUCAUGUGAUUGGUACCUCUCCAAAUGAGGUCUUCUAGUCCUGGGGGUCUUUUCCCUCUCCUGCUAUGCUCAGACAUGUUUAGGAGUUAACAGUGUUAUCAAAAGAAGUGACUACUUGCGUGCUGUUUUCUGCUGUUGCUUCAUACCAGGAAUGAACUAUUCUAUAUAGGAGGGUAGGAGGAACAUUCAGUAGUUUUUAGUUACAAAGGCUUUUACAGCUUGCAUGCCUUCCCAAAUUCUCUUGGAUUCGGGAAGAAAGAAUUGGGGAAACUCUAGGCAGCACAAGGCACAUAUAUUGUCCCUAAGUGGCCUACAUAUAUGAUGCAUUUUAACAAUGCUGAGCUGUGCCCUAGGCCAUUCCUCUUCCUUUAAUCAAGUGGUCAAAUAGGAGUUUUUUUGGGUGGAGGGGUGUUCCCUGAAGAAGGAAGCCUUUUGGAUUUUUCCUCAAGCUGCACUUCUGGGUAAAUCUCAUUUUUUGAAAUUAGUCUCACAUAUCCAGCUGAGAGUGAGCCAACUGGUUGUGGAAGCACAAUUCUCACUUUAGGCCAUCAUGUCCCGGGCAGUUUCCACUUGGGUUUAAAUGCUGCAUGCUGGGAACUGGAAGCACCACUUCUGUAUUAUAAGUCACCCUCUGCAUCUUUCUGAUUUAUAACAUGGCUGCUGGAAUGAAACAUGGGUGCGACCCAUGCUUUAUUUAUAGGCUCCCCUUCAAAAUUCUGAUAACAAGUCCUCAAUCUGCUUGUUAAAAUUAGAGCUCUUUUCAGGACUGCAGCAUCCUAUAUCAUGGGCAUAGUUAUACAUUGGAGAGAUGUCUUCGGUCUGCAAAAUGCAAUUGGGCUGUAGCACACAAAUUUAGGUCUUCUAAAGUGGCAGUAAUCAUACAGAGAUUUGCAAUUUGUGACCUUUCAGUGAUGCAAGGUAUGCUCAGGAUGUAGACCUUUGACAAAUCGACAAUAACCUUCACAAUGGAACAUAACUAUGAGGUCAGUCCCAUUAAGAAACCAUUAUUACCUGGCUCUAGAGCUCGUGCAAAUUCACUGAUCUACAGGCACCAUUCUAGAUGCAGAAAUGCUUUGCCUAAAGUGCUACGCAGCUUUUCUGGAGAAAGCAUAAGUAGUGGUCUGUUCUGUAGGUCUACUUGUGUACAUUAAAAAACUAAAAUUCACUGCUCAAUGCAAAUCAGUAAAACACACCCAAAUUCACUUAAUUUGUAUUGAUUUGCAUGCUUUCUUCUGAACUCUGCAUUUAGGCACUUGCACAAGAUCAAAUGGACAAUGAAAGUUUGGACAGGCAAGAGGGUUGUGAAAAGCUGUAUGAGUGUGAGUGAAACAAGGUUGCAAGGGUAGGCUUCAAGAAACUAAAGCUUCAGGUUUUGACCUGAGCAUUUCACAAUGGUUCUUGCAUGAUUUCAAAUGUAUUUUCACUAUAAUGAGGGCUAGAAACUUACUUUUUUAAAAGGGAAGCUGGGGUUCUCAGGAAUCCAAUAUGCAUAAAUCAUUAUUGUGCACGCUGCCCAAUCUAUGAUGCCCAAAGCACAUACUUUAGCAGAAAGGCACAGAGGACCAUUUUCUAAAUUCUCCAUGUUAUUGGCUGCCUUUACUGGUUAAAGCAGAGCUUUUUUCUCUCCUUAUCUCUCUGGGACUAAAAUGGUCAUAGAUGGUCAAAAAAAUUCACUUCCAAAUUAUGAAUUUAGGUUGAGUAGGGAAAAGUAAGGUAGCUGUUAAUCCAUACAAGAGGAAUUGCUCACAAUACAAAUUGCUAAUUCUAAUAUCUUUCUGUACAGCACGUUAGUGUGUGGGGGUGCAAGUUUAAAAUCUGGGAAAAUUGAAUUGGCUCUUACGACAAUUUAUUCUCUUAACAGCUUGCUGCUCCUUUGAAAGCAAACACCCAGUAGACCAGUGCAUGCCUUUAGCAACUGCAGGAAGCUCAGAUAACUGUGGGCACAGAAGGUUAAAAAGAAAGCACAUGAUCUCUUAUUUUUAUUUGUAACUCUGCUCUCUUUGUUCUCUAGAUUCUAAAAGUAAUGAGUGCUUUGGAAUUUUUGUGAUUAUGUUCUGGUGAUGUGUAGCUAACAACGUACUAAUGUUCACUUGAGCUAGGGUCAUGGUAAUGUGUGGUUUUUUUUAAGAAAAAAUAUUUUAACUGUUCAGAAGAUAACUUAAAUACAAUUAUAAGAUUAAGCUGUGAA